AGAGAUCAGCUUCUCUGGGAAAUGUCAGCGAUGAGCGAUCCAGAUAGCGAAGCUAUAGAAGAAGAAUGGAGAAGUCAGCUUCUCCAUAAAAGGGAAAAAUAUCACCGAUGAGCGGUUCAAGGGAAGUUCAGCAAUGUCGUAAUUCCAAACCAAAUCCAAGUCUGAUAAUGACUGACCAUGAAACAGGCGCAGAGUCGAUACCCACCGUCGAGUCUCGAGAUCGAGGCGAGAACGACCAUAGCAUCGGCCCUGUAGCGGCUACAUCGAUUGUGCAUGCUGUACAGCGCUCUGUGGUGAAUCAAAUUGGGUCCCCAUCACCGCCUCUGCCCGUCCACGAUAGAGAGCCUGACUAUUCAUCAGACGGUUUCUCUCCGACCUUCAACUGUCAGCCGGUUUAUUCACCCGGCCCAGUCUACUUGUAUCAUCGCUCGUCCCAGCGCGCCCAACAUAAACCUUCGGGAAAUCCGGCGGUCGUCAGACGGAUGGUGAGGCGUCGCCUGGCAGAACGUGACAUCGGACCUUUGUAUCAGCAGAUCAAAUCCAAGACUGACUAUGGGCCGAUGGUACUGGAAGCACAUCUCACACGCAUCAUGCUGUCAUAUGCCGACAAUCUAGAGCGCGAAGCUCGCACUAAGGGCGAAACAGAUAUAAGCCGACUCGUUCGAAAGAACGCAGUUCAUCUCGCAGGACGUUUAGUGUGCCGUCGAUUCCCAAAAGGUACACUGUUGUACAAGCCAGAUCUACGGAAGACAGAACGGAUAUUCUCGACGAUGAAUAUAGAGCCAGGCUUCCGUGGUACGAUUCAUCGCGAGGAAGUUCGGAGAGAAACGUGGACUGCGACUCUGAAGACUUUCUGGUAUGAGAUGUAUCCACUGGCAAUGUAAAUGCAGGCAUUUGGCCUACAGUGACGUUCAUGGAUACCGCGACGGCGGUGUUGUGCGCAUCAUACGACAAAUGCACCGAAUUUCCGGCGUCAGUGUUCAUCUUCGCACGCACAAUGGCGCUUCGUCUGGAAAGAAGUAUUCGUUCCGGCCUCGAGCCUGGCUUCAGACAGCUGCCAGA